AUGUCGCAAGCCAAAGUAUGUUAAACCCCCAAGAACUGAUUCUUUUUCUCCCCCCACUCCCACUUUCAUGAUUUUCAUCAUUUUCGCUAACAUCAAGCAGAAACCAGAUCCGUACAAAUCCUUCAUAGCAGGAGGAGUAGCAGGCGCAGUCGAAGGAGUAAUAACAUACCCCUUUGAGUUCGCCAAGACGCGCCUCCAACUCGCCCCCAGCUCCACCACCACUCGAUCCAGCAGGAACCCGCUCCGGCUCAUCUACAACGUCGCCACCACCCACGGCAUAUCAGCGUUGUACGUCGGAUGUCCCGCUUUCGUCGUGGGCAACACCGUCAAGGCCUCGGUGCGCUUCUUGGGGUUCGACGCCAUCAAGAACAUGUUGGUUGACGCCAAUGGCAAGUUGAGCGGGCCCAGGGGGGUGAUCGCGGGGUUAGGCGCGGGGCUCUUGGAGUCCGUUGUGGCCGUCACCCCCUUUGAGGCGAUCAAGACUGGGUUGAUUGACGAUAAGCAGCGCGAAAGGCCAAGGUAUGGUGGUGCGGGCGGCACGUUCAAGUUGGUGCGCGACUUGGGGUUCAAGGGGGUCUACGCUGGUGUUGUGCCUGUUAGUUUGAGACAGGCUGCGAACCAAGCUGUAAGGUUGGGCAGUUAUAACGCGAUCAAGAGCAUGGUGCAGCAGGCGACGCAUACUGCGCCAAAUCAGCCGUUGAGCAGUGCUGCUACGUUUGUCGUUGGCGCUAUUGCUGGGAUAGUCACUGUGUACACCACGAUGCCCAUCGACACCGUCAAGACGAGGAUGCAGGCGUUGGGCUCGGAUAAAAAAUAUACUUCGACUUUGAAUUGCUUUGUUCGCAUUUUCAAAAACGAGGGCUUGGCUACGUUUUGGAAGGGCGCCACGCCGCGUUUGGGGAGAUUGGUCUUGAGCGGGGGCAUUGUGUUUACCAUAUAUGAAAAGAUGUUGGUAUUGCUUAAUUAA